AUUUUCAUGCGUCAAAUUAAUUGUUUGUGCACAAUCUAAAACUCAAAGUAAACAAAGUGAUACUAAUUAUGAACCAUAUUACCGCCUAAUUGUUCCAAAUCAUGCACUAGCUAUUUCCUGCAUUUUCAAUAAAAUGCCCUGCACGAAUUCAGACAUUCUUCCCGUGAAUACCAUGAAUCGCUUAGUCGUAUCACUGCUAGUGCUUUUUCUGACCGUUUUGGACCGUUGCAUCGAGGCAAAGUAUGCUUUCGACCUAUCACCGAUUGCAGAAUGUGACAACGGAGAAGCUUUCAUCAACAUUGAUUUGGACAAUUUCCAAAUAAUAAAUCGAGAAAAUGGCGAUAUAGCGUACAACGGAAGUAUGAAAUUUCUCAAGGAUUACAGUUCGCCAAUCAAGCUCAAAAUUGUUUCGAAACGUCUGCAACGUGGAACUUGGCUGCCCGGUAUACUUAACAAGGAAAUAGGUGAUUUUUGUAGAGCUAUGGGCAAUCCUCUCGAGCCCGGAGUGUACAAAACGACGGAAAAUAUCGACAAGAGAUGCCCAUUCGAGGCAGGCUUUGUGCAGAAAUUUGAUAUGGUAGAAGUUGGAUCGUACGGGAUGGACAUUCCACCUUCGUUUGCCGGGGACUGGAAAUUUUAUGUGAACGUGUACACUUUUCGAAACCGUCGAUUGGACCACGAGUGCAUAUCAGUCGAAUCUACCAUUUAUGAAGUUUGAAGAGUUCUGAGAUCGAGGCCAUAUGGAUAGAGCACAGACAAACAGACGUAACACUUGCGAAAUUUCCCUCGACCACGCUUUUAUCGAUCAUUUUAAAUCUUCAUAGUUGUGGCUUUCACAACCAGAGGCGCACGCAUCGUUUUUCUUUGCGCUUGACGUUUCACACUAGCGCCUUCUGUUGACGAUAUUGUACAACGCAGUGUUUCGUGAAACAUUCCCGCCAGAUGAUGCUGGGGUGAACUAGGCGAUGGAUU